UUACGCUUAACUUUUGUAGAAAUCUUUAUCAAGACAAUUGUUUACGAUUUUUAAAUAUAAAUUAAAAAAAUAUUUAAUAUAUUAUUGUAUAAUUAUUCUUAACAAAUAUUGAUUUUUUGUCCUGAAAUGUGUUUAAUGCAUUAUAUUAUCUAACUCAGUGUAUUUUGGGUACCUUCAAAGUAAACAAACCUAUGUAGUUAGAUAGUUCACGAUCAACAUAUGUUGCUUAUUGAUAAAAGACGUUAUCAGGUGUAGUGCCAUUCUUCUAUUCAAUAAUUGCAAAGCAGUUAACUUUACAGUUCACACUCGUACUUUAUUUGAAGUCCAUUCAGAAAACUAUAGUGUAUUAUAAGUGCAGUCAAACAAUUUAAAAAAUGGCACUGUAUUCAGAUAUGUCAGCUGCUUUGUCUAUAUUAACUGAAAUAAAGACUUUGGUGAACGAAUCAGGAGACGAUAAGCUGAAAGCAAAUACUAACAAUGAUCUACAACUUUUAAUUUCUGUAUUCCAAAAUCCCAUUAUAAAAACUAUUGCUUCUGUCCAAGACUCUGUAUCUGAGCUAAGUUGUCAGCUUCAAGAACAUCCAUCUUUGUUACCAGUCGAUUUUGAUAUUUCACCUGUUACUGGUCAACUCGUGCUAAGUUUACCAUCAGAAACUAGUUUAUACAAUAGUGUGCCUGAAGAUUUAGACCAGAGAGUUCCGAAGCUUUCAAAUAGUUCAUCAACUGAAAGUUCUUCGCCUAUUUCAAAGGAAAACAAAUUAUUAAUUAAAGAUAUAACUGCUAAUUUAGCACCAAUCACUACACAGUCUUAUGCAGUAGAAUUUCAGAAGGCUGUCGACGAAGCAUCAAAAGGGCGUAAAAUUCAUAAUGUGCAACUGUACAAACCAGAAGGUUGCAGCUUAGGUUUUAGUGUCGUUGGCCUAAGAAGCGAAGAAAAAGGCGAAUUAGGAAUUUUUGUUCAAGAAAUCCAACAAAAUGGAAUAGCUGCACGAGAAGGAGGGCUUCAUGAAGGUGAUCAAAUCAUUGCUAUCGAUGGGCAACCGUUGGACACAAAUGUGUCCCAUCAACAAGCUAUCGGAAUACUGCAACAAGCCCGUGGGCUUGUUCAGUUGGUCGUAGCGCGACCUUUAACACCACCUCCUCUACCAACUUUACCGCCAUCAACCAACAUGUUGAACACUGAAUGGGCUCAAGUUGAGGUGAUCGAGCUACUAAACGACGGCUCAGGGUUGGGAUUUGGCAUAAUUGGGGGUAGAAGCACUGGUGUGGUUGUCAAGACUAUUCUUCCUGGCGGAGUAGCAGAUAGGGAUGGAAGGCUGCAAAGUGGAGAUCAUAUUCUGCAAAUAGGAGAAGUUAACUUGAGAGGAAUGGGUAGUGAACAGGUGGCCGCAGUUCUUCGUCAGUCUGGCAGUCAAGUCCGUUUGGUUGUCGCCCGGCCAAUUGAAUCUAGCGCAAUUGAUAUAAUUCAAACUUUAAGUUGUACAGCUCCAAUAGUACCGACUAAAAUGUUAGGCGAUGCUGAAGAACUCGACCGUCACUUAGUACAGCAUGGUUAUCCCGAAGUUGCAAAUUAUACCCCCGAUUAUUUUUUCCAAAAUCUUUCAAACGAAAACAAUUUACUAAUCAAUGAUAUACCAGCUUCAUUGCCUGUCCUUACAAUGGACAUGGUACCGCCUGAUAGUAUUACAACUCUUCCAGAAACCGAUUCAUUUACUGUUCAAUUAAAGAAAGAUACUCAUGGCUUAGGCAUAACUAUUGCUGGAUAUGUUUGUGAAAAAGAGGAGUUAUCGGGAAUAUUCGUAAAAAGUAUAAGUGAAGGCAGCGCUGCCGAUUUGUGUAAAAAAAUCCAAGUCAACGACCGUAUAGUUGAAGUCGAUGGAACUUCUUUACAAGGAUUUACUAAUCACGAAGCUGUUGAAGUUUUACGGUCUACUGGCCAAAUUGUCUCAUUGCGUUUGGAACGAUAUCUUAGAGGUCCUAAAUUUGAACAACUUCAAGUGGCUAUUGCAGCAUCAGAAAUGAAACCAAGUACUAAUAGUACGACAGCAUCCCCAUCCAUUAUGUCGUUGCCUAGAUUUCCUAUCACUGACGGAGAGAGUACUGCAGAAAUCGAAGUAGAAGGAGAAUCUGGCGCUACAUUGGAAGCUGAUAUGCUAGACGAAGUAGAAGACGAAACCGUUGAAGAGACUGCUUCAGUUGGUCAUUCAAACUGUGACGGGGAGUUAAAACCGGAAACCUUAAAAAUAUUAAAAAACAAAUGGGGUGAAGCUAUUGGAAAUAAUGUAGAAAUAAUCAUUGGUCAGUUGAAAAAAUUCAGUGAAGGAGGUGGUUUGGGAAUAAGUUUAGAAGGCACUGUAGAUGUUGAAAACGGCAUGGAAGUAAGACCACAUCAUUAUAUAAGAUCGGUACUGCCCGAAGGCCCCGUGGGAAAAAAUGGAUGUCUCCGGUCUGGCGAUGAGUUACUUGAAGUAAAUGGACAUCGUUUACUUGGGAGAAAUCAUAUGGAAGUUGUAGCUAUUUUGAAAGAGUUGCCUCUGAAUGUCAGAAUGAUAUGUGCAAGACGCACCGAUGAACAACAGUUGCCUCAUCAUUAUCUUACGGAUAUUACAGAAGAUCGGGCUGCUUUUGCUGCUAAAAAUGCUUUAGGGGGUAGUCUUCAAAAUUUAAUGCCAGCCACCGAUCGAUUAGUUAAAGCUAAAUCAGAUGGAUCAUUAGCCAGUACAGGAACUACCGGAUGUUCAGAAUCAAAUAGACUACGUUCUCGAUCUCUCGAACCACUUACUGGACUUGCUAUGUGGUCAUCACAACCUCAUCUCAUUGAGCUUAUGAAAGGAGAACGUGGUCUUGGUUUUUCGAUUCUUGAUUAUCAAGAUCCAAUGAAUCCCAGUGAAACAGUAAUAGUAAUUCGCUCGUUAGUACCAGGAGGUGUUGCCCAAAAUGAUGGUCGCUUAAUACCUGGAGACCGUCUCUUAAGAGUGAAUGACAUAUGUUUGGAAAAUGCAUCAUUAGAUCAAGCUGUUCAAGCAUUGAAAGGCGCUCCAAAAGGUGUAGUCCAAAUCGCAGUUGCCAAACCAUUGCCGAUACCAGACAGUAGCAGUCAGGAGAAUAGCUCAGAUGAAAAAAAUCUGAGCAUCGAUAACGACGACGACAAUGACUGCUGUUCAAUGUAUAGUUGUCCAGAAUCGCCCAUUAAUUUUGAGAAUUCAAAGGACGAUACGGUUAGUUUGACAGCGGUCGCUAACGAGACCGAACUUACCUCGGCGCACGCAGCGCCGCCGGUCCUUUUGCAAGAGAUUACCGUGGACAAAGAUUCAUUACCGUUGGGCUUAAGUCUGCGCAGUCGUUCGUUCGGCGAUUACUCGGGCUUGGAAGUGGAAAGCCUUUGCGGGGCGGCCGAGCGGGACCGGAGGCUAAAAGUCGGCGACAUGGUCAUGUCCGUCAACAACGAAUCGCUCAAGUACGCGUCGCCGGCCCAAGUCAAGUCUAUAUUGUCUAGGGCUAACCUGCUCACGGGACCCAUACCUGUAAGUUUUGUACGCGCCGAAUCGGUUAACGAUGCCUGUACGAUCACUCGGAGCAAAACUGUGCCCAAUGUGAUUCUGCGGACGCCUAGGUCACCGUUUGUGGAGUUUCGAGAAGCUGACGACCGUCCCGUGCGGAAAAAACCGCCCAGACCAAAACUGUCCCGGCAGAAGUCCGGCGAGCAACUGCUGACCAAAUCGUCCAAAUCCAAGUCGGAGUGCACGCUUUGCACGCAGUGCCAUUCCGUGCAGCGGACGAGAAGCUGGAAUGACGUGGAACCGUUGAACGACGUCAGUUUCGAGAACGUCAUCAAUUACUACAAGGUGUUCAAGACCAGCGACGAGUACGUGUGCGCCAAGUUCACCAGCGAUCAGUUUAUCAAGAAGUUGGACGAGAAGUUGCGCGAGGAGUCCGACAGGCUAUCGGAGCUAACCCAGAGCGCGGUGUCCGUCUGCUCGGUGUCCACAGUCGACGAACGGGACUUAGACGGACGACUUCGGGACGAAGCGGAAGCAUUGCGUAGACUGACUGGAGAUCAGGCGUCUCCCUGUGCCGAUUCGCCGUCGUCGGACGACCACUGCUUGCUGAGACUAGGCAGCGAAGAUUUUGGUUGUUUCGAUGGUCCUCCGACUCGAAUCUACCGGUUUCCCAGCACGGGCGUAGCUUUGGACAGGAACGAAGCGACCGCUUUUACCAUGACGGUGUCUGCCGGCCAACAGUCAGCAUCUUCGCUGUUGGCCAAGCACUGGGGUCCCCAACGUGAAGUCAUCGUUCGGCGAGACGUCAAUAACAGCCUGGGCAUCAGUAUCGUCGGAGGAAAGGUGGACUUUUUUAACAGUGCCGACACCAACAGAAAUAAUUCUGCCAUAACCGGAAUAUUUGUUAAGAAUGUUCUUCCUCAAAGUCCUGCCGGUCAAGCGGGUCAAUUGAAAACAGGAGACAGGAUAUUAGAAGUGAACGGCAUUAGCGUGCGACACGCCAAUCACGAAGAAGCCGUCGAAGUCAUUCGCUCUGCCGGCAAUCCAGUUGUUUUCCUAGUGCAGUCUCUUGUAUAUUGGGCUGAAAACGAACAAAGUAUAAAGUCCUCUUCGUCAUCGUCAUCGAUUGCUGUGGAUGUGUCGUCGGCCAAAACAACACAAGAUCGUUUGCCUUUGACGUCCAAACCGGGCAGUGUUAAACAAAAAAUAUCCUCUUGGCAACAGAGAAGUGUUGAGAAUUUGGACGAACUACCUCAAGAAACGGCUAAGCGGAAAAUUUCCUUAGUGUCUGUCAAAAAAACUAAUGUGUUUAAUCGCAAAAAGUCUGAGGUAUCGAAUAAAAGCGAAGAAAGUGAAGAUGACGAUGACAAUAGGGAUAACGAAGGACGCAUCAGGAUUCAAUCUGGACAAGAGAUAAUGAGAUCUAGUGCUGGCAAUGUGAAAAGAUCAAAAGCAGAAAUCGACGCCGAUCCGGAACAAGAGGACGAAUUUGGCUACACUACGAAUAAAGCUAGGAAGAAGUACGGGAACCUGUGUGGUAGCGGAGGCAAGACCAACGACAGUGGCGACGACGAAAGUGGAGGUAGCUCUAGUGAAGUGUUGGUGGUCAUGUUGGAACGAUCGCCGGGUUCGGGGCUGGGAAUGAGCUUGGCCGGGCACAAAGACCGCACUAAAAUGGCCGUCAUGGUUUGUGGACUGAAUCCCAACGGACCUGCGGCCAAGUCUGGAUGUUUGCGGGUCGGUGACGAAAUUUUAGAGGUAAACGGUGUGGUUUUACACGGUAGAUGUCAUCUGAACGCCUCUGCUAUCAUCAAGGGUAUACCAGGUCCAAUUUACAAAAUAGUCGUUUUAAGGAAACCCGCAGCUCUGGACGAGCUCGCCGUUCGACCAAUUACUCAAUUUCCCGUUACGCUUGACGAUGAGACACCCGAAGAGAAAUACGCAAACUACAAAGGUCUACGAAUCGUCACCAUGAAAAAGCCCUGUAUCAGUAUUGCAUACGAAGGCCAACUCACAAACUCACCCACACAACAGAGUCCUCACGGUUUGGGAAUCAUGAUUCUGGAGGGCAAACACGCUGAACUCGGCACGGGCAUAUUCAUAUCCGACAUACAGGAGGGCAGUCCAGCCGAACAGGCUGGUCUCACGGUCGGCGAUCUGAUAUUGUCCGUCAACAAGGACUCGCUCUUGGGCAGUACAUACGACUCGGCGUCGAGUUUGUUGAAGAAAACCGAAGGAGUAGUGACGUUGGUCGUUUGCAACCCGAAUCGAGGCAAAGACGACGGGUCCGGUGGACUCAAUACCGAACACAAGACCUCCGUCAGACCCAAACAACCUGAAAAACCGAAAUCUGUGUCGCCAAUCUAUUUGGACCAUUCAGUCGAACCUCCGGCAGAUCCCGCUACCGCUCCGAUAAAGCCGGGCGUAGAGUCUACCAUUGAAGUCAACAAGGAUAAGGUCGGCUUGGGCCUAAGCAUAGUGGGCGGAUCUGACACGUUGCUGGGCGUGGUCAUCAUUCACGAAGUGUACCCGGACGGUGCGGCGGCCAAAGACGGUCGUCUAAGGCCGGGAGAUCAGCUCGUGGAAGUCAACGGGGAAGACUUUAGAAACAUAACGCACGUCAAAGCGUUGAGUGCAUUGCGGCAAACGCCCGCCAAGGUGUCCAUGGUGGUGCUGCGGGACGAAUCGUGUGUUACCGCCGAAACCGGCAACGUUCCCGCCAACACGGCCAACAUCACCGACAGUUUCGAAGUGGAACUAAUGAAAAAACCCGGCAAAGGUCUCGGGCUGAGCAUAGUGGGCAAAAAAUCCGGACCCGGGAUAUUCAUCUCGGACAUUGUGGCCGGUGGAGCAGCCGGUGUAGACGGUCGUCUGAUGAAAGGAGAUCAGAUUCUGGCGGUCAACGGGCAAGACGUGCGAAACGCAUCUCAAGAGGAAGCCGCUGCCGUCUUAAAAACGACUACCGGCAAAGUGACGUUGAAGAUGGGUCGUCUGAAAGCCCGUUCGUCGGCGUCCAGCUCAGACAACGACACGGUGUCGAUGGAAGAAACGCGAACCGUGACCAUGAUCCGCAGGAUGGACGGGUUCGGGUUUAGCAUAGUCGGCGGUCACGGCCAUCUUCCCGUGUACGUCAAGACGGUGUUCGCCGGCGGCGCUGCCGAUUCCAGCGGCCUUUGCAGGGGCGACAGAAUCCUGGCCGUCAACGGUAUCCCGGUGGACGGCAUGUGCCACGACGACGUGGUGUCCAUGCUCAAUGAGGCGGCCGUGUCGGUGACGUUGACGUUGCGGUCGUAGCGUUUGCAAAGGCCGCAGGGAUCACCUCGUUUCGUAUUGUGUAUGAUAAGUUAAUAGUUUUUUUUUUUUUUUAAACAUUUAUUCAUCAGAAAUUAAUUCAUUACUGUCAUAUUCGUGUAAAUCGUUCAUUUUCUCUUUUGUUUGUUACUCGAGAAUAUGAAUAAGUAUUAUUAUUAUUUGUUUAAGUGCACCAUUGUUGAAUAGUCGUUUAGAUUCGAUUAGAUAUACGCGGAGAGUGUAAUAGUAAGAAACGUCCAGGUUAAGCAUUUUGUAUUACUCUUCUUGCAAAAAUAGACCGCACGAACAAGCUUUUUUUACUCAUGAUAACUUUUGUGCUUACUAUGUAGGUAUACUUUUAGAUACGUUUAUAGAAUUUUCAAUGUUUAAAUGUUAUACAAUCGACUUACCACCCUAUACUCUUCGUGUACCGAGUGCCUGACGAAAUCAUUUAAUCAUUGCGAUUUCUCUAGAAUAAAAAAUCCAAGGUAAUAAAAUAUCAUUUUUUUACAAUUAAAUACAAAUCUACAGUUCAUUUGACGUUUAUUUACAUGAUAUUGUCGUUUAAUAAUAAUCGAAAUUAUGGAUAUUUUUAAGUGAUAGUAUAAAAAAAAUGUCAGAAAUAUCUUUUUCGAACAAUUAUAUAGAUUUCUGUACUUUAGAGAAAUUGCGCAAUGAUUACAAUAAUCUAACUGAGCACCCGGUUUAUAUAUUUAUGUAUGUAUAUAUGUACGUAAGUCCUAUUUACUUGCACAACACGAGGCAUAACUCUUAUAUUAUACUACUAUGAAACGUGAUGUAAAUUGUUAAAUUUUGUACGAAAAUUGUUAAAACUUCGUUUAGUAUUAUUAUAUUUAAAAUAUAUUUAUCUUUUGUGAUAAUAGAAUUAAGACUGAAGAUAUAAAAACACAAAAAUCGUUUUACCAUCCAAAACGUAAUUUUUAUUUAUUUUUUUGGUCUCAAUACCUAAUUAAGGUGUACCUUCUAACAGGGUCACGUUUCUUGCAAGUCUCUUUCGAGAAUUAUUAUAAAUAUUAUUAUUAACAGGCACUAGAUAACGUAAACUCAAAACUGCUGUGCCAAUAUUAUUAUACUAUUUUAAAUUUGUUGUUAAAUUAGUAUUGAAAUACGUUUGCAUGUUCAUUUUGUUGCAGCCGAACGGCUUUAAUAAUAAUUGUUAUACAUACACUUUUAGGCGACAACAAUUUAUUUUUUCUCUUCAAAAAAUGUAUAUUUAAUAAUAUUUUUAGUUUUUCUUAAAAAUCGUAUUAAUGUUGUAUUCUUAACAUUUUUUUCCGUCAGAAUAAAUACAAAUUAUUUAACAUUUGAA